AUGAUUAUAAUUUGCAAUGACAGCCACAGUGAUUUCAUCCUUCUGGGCUUCUCUAACAAGCCACAUUUGGAGAAGAUACUUUUUUGGGUCAUUUUUAUUUUUUAUUUUUUGACUGUUGCAGGAAAUAUGGUCAUAGUUCUUGUGUCCUUGAAGGAUCCAAAACUCCACAUCCCUAUGUAUUUCUUUCUUUCCAACCUUUCCUUGGUAGACCUAUGUUUCACCAGCAGCUGUGUUCCACAGAUGUUGAUUAACUUCUGGGGCCCAGAAAAGACCAUCAGCUACAUUGGCUGUGCCAUUCAACUCUAUGUUUUUUUGUGGCUUGGGGCCACGGAAUGUGUCCUUCUUGUUGUCAUGUCUGUGGAUCGUUAUGUGGCAGUGUGUCAUCCACUGCAAUAUACCAUGAUCAUGCACCCAAAACUUUGUCUGCAGCUGGCUAUCCUGGCAUGGGGGACUGGCUUGGCCCAGUCUCUGAUCCAGUCCCCUGCCACCCUCCAGUUACCCUUCUGCUCCCAUCGGAUGGUGGAUGAUAUUGUUUGUGAAGUCCCAGCUCUGAUUCAGCUCUCCAGUACUGAUACUACCUACAAUGAAAUUCAGAUGUCCACAGCCAGUGUUAUCCUCCUGGUGGUGCCCUUGAUCAUUAACCUUUCCUCUUACGGUGCUAUUGCUAAGGCUGUGCUGAGGAUUAAGUCAACUGUGGGACAGAAGAAAGCAUUUAGCACCUGCACCUCUCUUCUUGUGGUUUCUCUCUUUUAUGGCACUGUCACAGGUGUCUACCUUCAACCAAAAAAUCACUAUGCUCAUGAAUGGGGUAAAUUUCUCACUCUUUUCUACACUGUGGUAACCCCAACUCUUAAUCCCCUCAUCUAUACUCUAAGGAACAAGGAGGUAAAGGGAGCACUAAUAAGAUUGGGGAGGAGGACCUGGGAUUCCCAGAAUAACUAA